UGCAGCCGGAUUCGCGGUUGCUUAAGUAAAACACGUUAAAUGAAUGCCGUCGUGUCUCUAUGAAGUGUUUAAUGCAUGUUUUGUGAAGGUGUUUGACAGUUCACUGGAUGCUGUCAUAAUACAUUCACGCUGUGCCGCAUCUGGAGCUGAGGCAUCAUAUCUGAGGUCGCUGAUGUCCAGUUCAGCGUUAAUCAUCGAUUAAUGCUUUGGCUUUCGAGUUGUCUGUCUUUGAUGUUUAUUAUUAUAUUUAGUUUUUGUGAGUCAGGAUGUAGGUGACGUCACCGCACAGCCUUUCUCUGCUUUAUGAAUGCAUUAGAUUCAGUUAUCCGUCGUAUGAAGCCUCGCUGCACAUUAAAGGCAUUGCAAAACGAAAGGGAGCGUUUGAUAUUUCAUCUGUGGUUAUUGAUGAUCGUAUUGCUGGGCUCCAUUUAUUUUGAUUUCAGAGGGAUGCGGUCUUGAUCAGAGAUUCGUUCAGACGUUGUCGGUGGAAGGCCACGGGGAGUUUCUGGAAAGACGCUUACUAUCCCUCCAAGCCAUCAGUAGACUCCCUUUUUAAUGGCAGACCCCUGUAAUAAGCCUCCGAUCCUCCUAGUCUGAAUUUCGUUCAACUUUCACUGAGAUAUCAUCAGAGAUUUCGUCUUCACAACAGAGCACUGACAGCUUCAUCGCUGCUGUACCCAAACUGUUUCUGAUUUCUGCUCCAUUUGCAACGCUCCAGUCUCACAUAAGUGGACUUAUAGCUGGCACAGGCCCCAUACAAUUAGCACUCGACAGACUUGAGGAAUCCAUCUCCAACAAGGCCAUCACGAUUCACAACUCGCUGCACGAUCCCACUUUAAACUAACCUCAGGUCUGUUACUGUUCAAAUUAUGCUUCUGCUCCUUGGCCCAACUCUGUUUCUACCAGCCCCUUUCUGAAUCCCCAGAAGCGGCGCGGUUAAACAAUGCACUACUGAAAGCUCUUCUCCUGUUUUAGUCUUAAUCCACGCUUGUAAGAACGGGAGCAGGUGCUUCUGAAAGCGUUAAAAGUGCUCUAGAACCAUGUGUGUCCAGUGGGCAUUGUUUACAUUUGGCCUAGUCCACAGGAUGGGUGGACAGUAGGGGACAGCGAGACCGUGGACUCAUGUCAUGGAAGGGGUUGUUGCAGUCGCAGUACAUACAGAGGGCUUGAAUGGUUAUCCACAAGAAUGUAAACAGACAGAGGAUCUAACCAGUGGGCACUCCAAAUGCACAACUAUCCUAAAUGGACUGACUCCAGGUAAUGGCAUCAAAGACAAUGGCAACUUGAAUGGCAACCCUUAUCUCAAAACUGUCCCAAUCUCAGCGCUGAAACAGAAUGGGCUCUUACAGUCUCUGGCAGCAGGAGGCAAUCAGACUAAAACAGAAGAGGUGAGCUUGGAGGUGGAGCGAGCACAAGAGGAGUGGGAUGCCCUGGAGAGCAUCCAACCAGUUUUUUCUGAGGAUCUCACUCCAUCACCGCUGAUCUCUUUCAAUGAGGCUCUGCAGCAUUUUCAGACCUCUGAUCUUGGAGACUUGCUUAAGAACAUUCAGCCCACCAUUCGCAGGACUGGAUUUGCCGCCAUCACCCAUUUCCUGUUCGGUCCUCCACGGCUACACAAAGACCUUGUAGAGGAGAGAGACUUAGUGUUUGCCAUCGCACAGUGUUCUCUGGAUAAUGGCCAGUCAGUCCACAUGCGUGUACUCCAAACCAUCUACAGGAAAUUGACCUGCACUCGAGCUGACUGCCCUCGCUAUGGACCACACUGGGAGAACGUGGGCUUUCAAGGUGCAGACCCUGCAACAGAUCUGAGGGGAACUGGUUUUCUGGGCCUGAUGCACACACUCUACUUCGUCAUGGACCCAGAGAUUCUACCACUUGCUAGAGAAAUCUACAAACUCUCUCAGCAUUCAGUCCAGAAUUUUCCCUUCUGUGUGAUGUCAAUCAACAUGACCCGGAUUGCCCUGCAUGCUCUCAGGGAGGAAGUGCUGUCCAAGGAGUGUAACCGAAGGCAACAGGUCGUGGCAGUGCUGAAUGAUUUUUAUGUUGCAACGUUCCUGUACCUCUAUCAGCUGUGGAAGAGCCAGCAGAAAACCAUCUCUGACUCUGGCCAUGUACUCAAAGAAGUUGAGCUCUUUGCUAAGAAGAACCCCAAGCAGAUUCUCAAACGUCUUGAAGGUUACCUGAAGGAGAGACGUGCUGGGACAGGACACCGAACAUCACCUGACACACUAUCGCAUAGCAACCCUUCACCUGGUGACACUGCGUCUCGAGCAGGGAGUCAGGGCGGGAAGGAGGACAAAGAGAUGAACUUCACUGGAGUGUGUGAGCUGCCACCUGAGAUGGAGGGCGAGGCAAGACUCAUCUGAGAGACAGAGAGGGAUUCGAUUUGUACAGUCUCAACUAUCUCUUGUGCUCUAAGUUUGUUGUUCAAUCUGUUUCUUUGUUUCCUUUCUGUCCUUUCAUGCUUAAGUACACUCAGAGACAAGUCUAUGUUGUAACUGUAGUUGCUAAAAAAUAUAAAACUAUUUGCUGCCUUUUUUCUGUUAGAGUACCUAUUGGCUCUUCUAUGAAAAAGACUAAAUUUAGUUGCCAAGUUGAAAAGGAGAAUCUCAGAAAUAACUGCCUCAGUGGCAGCAAGUUGUUUCGAACUUGUCAGGAAGAAAGAGACACAGUUUACAGGCCUCAAGGGUGUGCAGUUGCAGAGGAGAUGGCUGCAGAAGCCAGCCAGCACCUUACCCACUAAUGUGGUAUUGAGUGAGAGUGACUUUCUGUGUGUGAUGAACUGACUGUUUAGGCAUGCAUUUGAUGGAGACUAGUCUAGUGAAAGCCUUGUUGAUCCUCAUGGUCAUUCGAACAUGGUCACUGUGACGGAGUCAAUGUUCAAGAAAGUUGGGGUUUAUAUUGAUGUUGGCUCUUUGCUCUUCACUGUUGAUAAAAAUGGAAUGAGGUAUCAAAACAUUGGAUGGAAAUAGCCUCAAUAGGCCAAAGUUUUUUUUGUCCCUUUUAGAGAGAUUAAUGUCACAAUAUGAUUCAGAGAUUGUCUGGCAUGUUUCUGUUGGCAGGAGCUCUUCAACAAGAGCCUGAGGUUGAUGAGUCAGGGCAUCUUUUUGAUGGGAAAGUGCAUUUUAGUGACCAGUAGACCAAAAUGUAUUGAUGUUUGAGUAUCUGUUUUGCAGUUCAGUUACAAGUCUAACGUUGACACUUGCGGACUCUUUGCUAUUAACUGAAUUAUCAGCUAAAUUUAUUUCACUAUUUGAGCUUUGAGCUUAAAUUAGGGCAGUAAUAAAAGUUAAAUGUUAUAUUUGGAGGUGUAGUUAUGCUUGUCUGCAUGAAGCAAAUCCUACAUGUUUCCUUUAAUGAUACCAAGUAGAUUCCAGUUUUAAGUAGUCAUAACAUGACUAUGAACAUGUUGACAUGUUGUGGACGAGAGUGAGGAUGAUCCCGUGAUUGAAAAUUUUGCUGGUUCAUUUCUGGGGGCCAGUUGCAUUAACUUAGCCUCUGUGUUAA